GCAAUUGAUCAGGCGAAUGUGAUUUUUGCUAAUUCGGAUGCUAGUAAAGCUCAACAAAAUCAAACAACGUCCUUAAUUCCUCAAUAUUUCACAAUUCUCUGUUCAGUAACAACAAACAACCUACGUGCAGCAGCACAGCGUUCUAAAUUUGGUGAAAUUUGGGGUCUUGUAUGGCAAGCUAUACAACUCGCUGUUGAAUAUGAAGAUAAUGAGAUAGAACAAUGGUUAAAAUCUUUUAUUAAUCAAAAAAACCGUUUUUUAGCACAAAAUAAAAAGCCUGAAGACAGUGAAAAAGAGAAUAAUUCUACAAUUGUAAAUCCUCUAAUUACCAGCUGUGGCAAAACUGGGUACAAUAGUACAAGAUGUCAAGAGAAAGGUAGCUAG